GAGUACUAGUUCAGAUCCUCACACAUACAUGGCAAGCACUUUACCCACUGAUCCAUCUUCCCAGCCCCGAAUGAACUCAUUUAUUUAUUGAUGGCUUCUGUCAAAAUAGCCAUGUCAUUUAUUUAGGUGUAAGACAUAUUGCAAGGUGUGGUGGUGCAUACCUUUAAUGAGUUCAAAGCCAUCUAGGUUUAUGUAGUAAAUUCUAGGCCAGCCAGGGAUACAUGGUAAGACUCUGUCUCAAACAAACAAACAAACAAACAAACAAUAAGACCUUGCGAGUACAGAAAGUAGAACCCCCACCCCACACAAAUAGACUAAUGAUUAUCCUGUUGCUACUUUGCCACUUUGUCCUAGUCACCUGCUAGCUGCUCAAGUUUAUCUUUGCAGUCUUUUGUAUCUUAUUGCUACCUGCCAGUCAAUAUGUAAUAGAAAACCAUUGUAAGAGGACUCAUGUGGUCACUGCCCUGCCGCCUGCCUUUCAUGUUUCUGCCUCCAAACCUUGACAGCUGUUCUUAUCAACUUCCUUUAGUGUCUCUGUGCUACCUAAAAAUAUUGGGAAAGAAAGGGGGGAAACCAGCUCACUAUAUGACCAUGUAGCCUAUCCUAGCACUUAGGAGGCAGAGGCAGAACAAUCCCAAUACUUCAGAACCGCCCCAUGCUUUGUCUCAGCAAACAAAAUGGAAAAGAUAUUUUAAUAUGCCGGUACACGUAGGAGAACCUCAGAAUCAUUUUUGAAUACUGCAGUUCUGUGGUAUUACAGUCAUGAUAUUGGGUAACCACCAGCAUGUUCAUGUCCAGAAUUCUAUCUGGUAAAAUUGCAACCCCGUGUCUAUUCAAACAGUUGCUUAGGAUACGUUGUCUCACUCCUUGGGUGUCCUUGUCAUUCAGGAAUGUAGCCAGUUGGGAUACAGUAGCGUUUCCCGUGAGUAAUGACAUUGUGAGAUGUGUCCCAAAGGCAGUCUGCUCUAGAGGUUCAAAGCUGUUUCUGAUCAGCCUCCUUGUAGGCUGACUCUGCCUCUCUGUGGCAUGCCUGAUGGCUGAGGUCAUCCCUCCCUUUCAGGGUUUCCACUCUUUGCCUGGGUUCUAUUGUGACGACAUCCUGCUUGGUGCUCAGAGAAAGACCUUAUGGGAAGGCAGAGGAAUAGGGGUGCAUCCUGAACUCUAAAGACUUUUAACCUGGAGAUUCGUCAUGGUACAUGUGGUACAUGUCACAUCACAGGUGCUAAGCAUGGAGUUUGGGAGGAGCUUGGGAUGGGGAGAAUCUGACUUCAUAGACAAAAUUCCAUGUUUUUUCCUAUUUGUUGAUAUCCUGAUGCAUUCACUUGUACAGGCUUAUCUGAUUUAAAAAUCAAGUAUUUGUCUACCGGGGUUUCUAGGCAGGAUCUUUUUACUGAGUUUCUGUAUUUUCCUCUAAUUGAUGAAACUGAUCCCUUCCAACUGCGAAAGUAAAGAUUGACUAAGAUUAUGGUCUCCUAAAGAGCUCUCAGGAUAGUUUUUACUCCUAAUGAUGAAUUCUGACUAUAUGGAAGGGAGACAAGAGAAGUGGUAAUUAAUAUCGUUUUUAGGGUUAACUCUAAAAUGGCGUUUUUAUUCCAGGAGAAUAUGUCAAGUAACAGGCAUUUACUAUUAACACUGUGUGGCUUUUGCGUUGCUGUAAUAGAUGAGUUUGUUUUGCUAUUUUCAUCAGUAUCUGAGGGAAGUUAAGUGGAAGAAGGUAUCUGGGUGAGGCGUAGCUUUUGGGGUAGUGCAGCUCCUCAGUAUAGUUAGGUAAGGUAGAUCAAGCUGCUCUUUGCACUCCUGUGUGGAGAGUUCGGGAGAGGUGUGGCCUAGAGGGAGCCGUUGGUGCUGCUCCUGAGUGAAUAGCCUGGGAGAGAAGGAGAGGCAAAAGCCAGACCCAAGCAAGGAUCCUAGCAAUAGACAGCCUCUCCUGGGAGGGGCGUGGCUUGGCGCCGGCGCAGGGCGGUCCUUAGCCUCCCGGGAACGGGGCGGGGUCGAGGCAGGGCUUGAGUCUCCUUAGAACAGCCGCAGUCUGCGAGGUGUGUCAGAGGAAGGCGUGGCCUGAGGAGGGGGCGGGACCGUCCUUUGGCAUCCAGGAGAGAGGCGGAGCCGAGGCGGGGCCUGAGGCUCCUCCAAGAACAGUAGCAGCUUUUAGGGCGCGUCUAGGAAGGCGUGGCUACGCGGAAGGGCUGCUCCCCAGAUAACGGUCCCGGGGCUGCGCAUGCCUGCGGGCGACGCCUGGAUGGCCCUUUACAGCCCUGAGCGCGCGGCGCGCUAGAGCUCGCUCCUCCUCCCCAGCAGCGCCUUCCUCUGCCCUUCUGCGGGCUGCGGCAGAGCGCUGCGGCGGAACAGGCCUCUGCCAUGAGGAUCCCCGCCUCAGGGCCAGUGGCGGGCCUCUCGGAGCAGCGGGGCUGGGCGUGAGGAGGAGGCCUGGGAAGCCCGCCAUGGGGGACAGGUGGGUCCGCGUGACCGUGCUCCGCGGCUGCGUGGGCUGCAGGACCGUGGCGGUGCGGGCCACCGCAACCGGGCGGGACCUCAAGGAGCGCAUCUUCGCUGAGACCGGCUUCCCGGUGGCGGAGCAGCGACUGUGGCGCGGAGACAGGGAGAUACCUGAUUGGAUCAAGAUUGGAGAUCUGACUUCUAAAACCUGUCUUUUUGUAAACCUUCAAUCAAAAGGCUUAAAAGGGGGAGGUCGAUUUGGUCAAACAACACCACCACUUGUCGAUUUUCUCAAGGAUAUUUUAAGAAGAUAUCCAGAAGGAGGACAGAUCCUUAAGGAAUUAAUUCAGAAUGCAGAAGAUGCUGGGGCCACAGAGGUUAAAUUUUUAUAUGAUGAAACACAAUAUGGAACGGAGACUCUUUGGUCAAAAGAUAUGGCGCAAUAUCAGGGGUCGGCUCUCUAUGUGUACAACAAUGCGGUUUUCACCCCAGAGGACUGGCAUGGCAUUCAGGAAAUAGCAAGAAGCAGGAAAAAAGAUGAUCCCUUGAAGGUUGGAAGAUUUGGAAUUGGGUUUAAUUCUGUCUACCAUAUAACAGAUGUUCCUUGUAUCUUUAGUGGUGACCAGAUAGGAAUGCUAGACCCUCAUCAAACACUUUUUGGCCCCCACGAAUCAGGCCAAUGUUGGAAUCUCAAAGAUGACAUCAAAGAAAUAAAUGAGCUUCCGGAUCAGUUUGCACCGUUCAUUGGUGUUUUUGGAAGCACCAAGGAAACCUUUACAAACGGCAGCUUCCCAGGGACGUUUUUCCGUUUCCCUCUGCGCUUACAACCUUCCCAGCUUAGCAGCAAUCUCUACACUAAGCAGAAGGUUCUGGAGUUGUUCGACUCUUUCCGGGCGGAUGCAGACACAGUGCUGCUCUUCCUGAAGAGCGUGCAGGCUGUGUCUUUACAUGUCCGAGAGGCCGAUGGGACAGAAAAACUGGUCUUUAGAGUAACUGCUAGUGAGAAUAAGACCCUGAAGCAUGAACGGCCAAAUUCUAUUAAGAUUCUGGGAACGGCUAUAAGUAACUAUUGUAAAAAGAUCCCAAGCAACAGUGUAACCUGUGUAACAUAUCAUAUAAACAUAGCUCUAGAGGAUGAGAGUACAAAAGAUGCCCAGAAGACAUCUUGGUUGGUAUGUAACAGUGUGGGUGGGCGGGGCAUUAGUAGUAAACUGGAUUCUUUGGCUGAUGAGUUGAAAUUUGUCCCAAUCAUUGGUCUAGCCAUGUCUUUAUCAGGCAGGGAUGAAGAGAAUGGAGCAACAUCCGAUUUCUCAGGAAAAGCAUUUUGUUUUCUUCCCUUGCCUCCUGGUGAGGAAAGCAGAACAGGGCUUCCAGUUCAUAUCAGUGGCUUCUUUGGCCUGACUGACAACCGCAGGAGCAUAAAAUGGAGAGAGCUGGACCAAUGGAGGGACCCUGCGGCCUUGUGGAAUCAAUUUCUUAUUGUGAAUGUUGUUCCCAAAGCUUAUGCUACUCUCAUCCUGGAUUCAAUAAAACGCCUGGAGACAGAGAAGAGCUCUGAUUUCCCCUUAUCAGUGGACGCCAUCUACAAACUUUGGCCUGAGGCCAGCAAGGUCAAGGCACACUGGCAUCCAGUGUUGGGUCCUCUGUUUAGCGAACUGUUCCAGCAUGCUGUCAUUUACUCAGUCGGUGGCGAGUGGGUGAAGCUGGAGCAGGUGCACUUCUCAGAACUCGAUGAAAGUUUAGAAUCCACACAGUCUGUGCUCAACUACCUCCAGCGCUCAGGGAAGCAGAUUGCCAGGGUACCGGGGAACUUGGCUGCUGCUGUUCAGCUCAGUGCAGCCUCUGCCACCUCCACUGCAUCUCCUGUGAGGAAGGUGACGCCUGUGUGGGUGCGGCAGGUGCUGAGGAAGUGUGCCCACCUGGGCAGUGCCGAAGAAAAGCUCCAUCUUCUGGAGUUUGUGCUUUCUGACCAAGCCUACAGUGAGCUGCUUGGCCUGGAGCUGCUGCCUUUACAGAGUGGGGCUUUUGUCCCCUUCUCCUCAUCUGUCUCUGACCAAGAUGUUGUUUACAUCACCUCAGAAGAAUUCCCAAGGUCCCUUUUCCCAGGUCUUGAAGCAAGACUUAUUUUGGAGAACUUGAAGCCUCAUCUUCUAGCUGCUUUAAAAGAAGCUGCCCAGACCCGAGGAAGACCAUGUACUCAGCUGCAGCUUCUAAAUCCAGAGCGAUUUGCACGUCUUAUUAAAGAAGUAAUGAAUACAUUCUGGCCUGGUCGAGAGUUGGUGGUUCAGUGGUAUCCAUUGAGUGAAGACAAACAUCACCCGUCCAUUUCAUGGCUUAAGAUGGUUUGGAAGAAUCUCUACAUACAUUUCUCAGAGGAUUUGACUUUAUUUGAUGAGAUGCCACUUAUCCCCAGAACUCCACUGGAUGCAGAUCAGACGUGUGUGGAACUCAUUAGACUCAGGGUCCCAUCAGUAGUCAUUUUAGAUGAUGAAACUGAAGCUCAGCUUCCGGAAUUCCUAGCAGACAUUGUACAAAAACUUGGAGGCAUUGUCCUGAAAAGAUUAGAUACCUCUCUUCAGCAUCCGCUUGUUAAAAAAUACAUUCAUUCCCCACUGCCGAGUGCUAUUUUGCAGAUAAUGGAGAAGAUACCACUGCAGAAGUUGUGUAAUCAAAUAGCAUCAUUACUUCCAACCCACAAAGAUGCUCUAAGGAAGUUUUUGGCCAGCUUAACUGAUACCAGUGAAAAAGAGAAAAGAAUAAUUCAAGAAUUGACAAUAUUCAAGAGAAUUAAUCAUUCAUCUGAUCAAGGAAUUUCCUCUUACACAAAACUAAAAGGAUGUAAAGUUUUGGAUCAUACCGCCAAGCUUCCAACAGAACUACGGCUCUCAGUUUCAGUAAUAGAUAGUAGUGAUGAAGCCACCAUUCGUUUGGCAAACAUGCUGAAAAUUGAAAAGUUAAAGACUACAAGCUGUUUAAAGUUUGUUUUAAAAGAUAUUGAAAAUGCAUUUUAUACACAGGAAGAGGUAACACGGCUUAUGCUGUGGAUCCUUGAGAAUCUAUCUUCUCUUAAAAAUGAGAAUCCAAGUGUGCUUGAUUGGUUAAUGCCACUAAAAUUCAUUCAUAUGUCACAGGAGCAUGUGGUAGCAGCCAGUGACCUCUUUGAUCCUGAUAUAGAAGUCCUAAGGGAUCUCUUUUAUAACGAAGAGGAAGCCUGUUUCCCUCCUGCAGUUUUUACCUCACCAGAUAUCCUUCACUCUUUGAGACAGAUUGGCUUAAAAAAUGAAGCCAGCCUAAAAGAGAAAGAUGUCGUACAGGUGGCCAAAAAAAUUGAAGCUUUACAGGUCAGUUCCUGUCAGAAUCAGGAUGUUCUCCUGAAGAAAGCCAAAACACUCUUGCUGGUCUUGAAUAAAAACCAUACACUCUUGCAGUCUUCUGAGGGGAAGAUGGCAUUGAAGAAAAUAAAAUGGGUUCCAGCCUGCAAGGAAAGACCCCCAAAUUAUCCAGGUUCUUUAGUCUGGAAAGGGGAUCUCUGUAAUCUUUGUGCACCUCCAGAUAUGUGUGAUGCAGCUCACGCAGUUCUAGUGGGCUCCUCACUUCCUCUUGUUGAGAGUGCCCAUGUGAGCUUGGAGAAGACCCUCGGCAUCUUCACGAAGCCUACCAUCAGUGCUGUCUUAAAACACUUUAAAAUUGUUGUUGACUGGUAUACUUCAAAAACCUUUAGUGACGAAGAUUACUAUCAGUUCCAACAUAUUUUGCUUGAAAUUUAUGGGUUCAUGCAUGAUCAUCUGAGUGAAGGGAAGGAUUCUUUUAAAGCCUUGAAAUACCCCUGGGUUUGGACAGGCAAAAACUUUUGUCCUCUUGCCCAGGCUGUGAUAAAGCCAAUCCAUGAUCUGGACCUUCAGCCUUAUUUAUAUAAUGUGCCUAAAACCAUGGCAAAAUUCCACCAGCUGUUCAAGGCUUGUGGCUCAAUAGAAGAGUUGACAUCAGAUCAUAUUUCCAUGGUCAUUCAGAAAGUUUAUCUCAAAAGUGACCAGGAGUUGAGUGAGGAAGAAAGUAAGCAAAAUCUUCAUCUCAUGUUGAAUAUCAUGAGAUGGCUGUACAGCAAUCAGAUCCCAGCAAGCCCUAAUACCCCAGUUCCUAUUUAUCACAGCAAAAAUCCUUCCAAACUUGUCAUGAAGCCAAUUCAUGAGUGCUGUUAUUGUGAUAUCAAAGUUGAUGACCUUAAUGACUUGCUUGAAGACUCAGUGGAACCAAUCAUUUUGGUACAUGAGGACAUACCCAUGAAAACUGCAGAGUGGCUAAAAGUUCCGUGCCUUAGUACAAGACUGAUCAAUCCUGAAAACAUGGGGUUUGAGCAGUCAGGGCAAAGAGAGCCUCUUACUGUAAGGAUUAAAAACAUUUUGGAAGAAUACCCUUCAGUGUCAGAUAUUUUUAAAGAGCUGCUUCAAAAUGCUGAUGAUGCGAAUGCCACCGAAUGCAGCUUCAUGAUUGAUAUGAGAAGAAAUAUGGACAUAAGGGAAAAUCUCCUAGACCCAGGGAUGGCAGCUUGUCAUGGACCUGCUCUGUGGUCAUUCAACAAUUCUGAAUUCUCAGAUUCAGAUUUCAUAAACAUUACCAGGUUAGGAGAAUCUUUAAAAAGGGGAGAAGUUGACAAGGUUGGAAAAUUUGGUCUUGGUUUUAAUUCUGUGUACCACAUUACUGACAUUCCCAUCAUUAUGAGCCGAGAAUUUAUGAUAAUGUUUGAUCCAAACAUAAAUCACAUCAGUAAACACAUUAAAGAUAGAUCUAAUCCUGGAAUCAAAAUUAAUUGGAGUAAACAGCAGAAAAGACUUAGGAAAUUCCCCAAUCAGUUCAAACCAUUUAUAGAUGUAUUUGGUUGUCAGCUGCCUUUGGCCGUAGAAGCUCCUUACAGCUACAAUGGGACUCUCUUCCGACUGUCCUUUAGAACGCAGCAGGAAGCAAAAGUGAGUGAAGUUAGCAGUACUUGUUAUAACACUGCGGAUAUUUACUCCCUGGUGGAUGAAUUUAGUCUUUGUGGGCACAGACUUAUCAUUUUUACUCAGAGUGUAAACUCAAUGUAUUUGAAAUACUUGAAAAUUGAAGAAACCAAUCCUACCUUAGCACAAGAUACAAUAAUAAUUAAGAAAAAAGCUUGCCCCUCCAAAGCAUUGAAUGCACCAGUUUUAAGUGUUUUAAAAGAAGCUGCUAAACUCAUGAAGACUUGUAGCAGCAGCAACAAGAAGCUUCCCACUGAUGUACCAAAGUCAUCUUGCAUUCUUCAGAUCACAGUUGAGGAAUUUCACCAUGUGUUCAGGAGGAUUGCUGACUUACAGUCACCACUGUUCAGAGGUCCAGAUGAUGACCCAGCUACUCUCUUUGAAAUGGCUAAGUCUGGCCAAUCAAAAAAGCCAUCAGAUGAGUUGCCACAAAAGACAGUAGAUUGUACCACAUGGCUUAUAUGCACAUGCAUGGACACAGGAGAAGCUCUCAAGUUUUCUUUGAAUGAAAGUGGAAGAAGAUUAGGGCUGGUUCCUUGUGGGGCAGUAGGAGUUCUUUUGCAUGAAACCCAGGAGCAGAAGUGGACUGUGAAACCACAUAUAGGAGAGGUGUUCUGCUAUUUACCUUUACGAAUAAAAACAGGGUUGCCAAUUCACAUCAAUGGGUGCUUUGCUGUUACUUCAAAUAGGAAAGAAAUCUGGAAGACAGAUACAAAAGGUCGAUGGAAUACCACUUUCAUGAGGCACGUCAUUGUGAAAGCUUACUUACAAGCACUCAGUGUUUUACGGGACCUGGCCAUUAGCGGUGAGCUGAUUGAUUAUACUUACUAUGCUGUGUGGCCUGAUCCUGACGUAGUUCAUGAUGACUUCUCUGUGAUCUGUCAAGGAUUUUAUGAAGAUAUAGCUCAUGGGAAGGGGAAGGACCUGACCAGAGUCUUCUCUGAUGGAUCUAUGUGGGUUUCCAUGAAGAAUGUGAGAUUUCUAGAUGACUCUAUUCUUCAAAGGAAAGAUGUUGGCUCAGCAGCCUUCAAGAUAUUCCUGAAGUACCUCAAGAAGACAGGCUCCAAAAACCUCUGUGCUGUUGAGCUUCCUUCUUCGGUAAAAGUAGGAUUUGAAGAGGCUGGCUGCAAACAGAUACUGCUAGAAAAUACAUUUUCAGAGAAACAGUUCUUUUCAGAAGUCUUCUUUCCUAAUAUUCAGGAAAUCGAAGCAGAACUUAGAGAUCCUCUGAUGAAUUUUGUCUUAAAUGAGAAACUUGAUGAGUUCUCAGGAAUUCUUCGUGUUACCCCUUGUGUCCCUUGCUCCUUGGAAGGCCAUCCUUUGGUUUUGCCUUCAAGAUUGAUCCAUCCUGAAGGACGAGUUGCAAAGUUAUUUGAUAUUAAAGAUGGGAGAUUCCCUUAUGGGUCCACACAGGAUUACCUCAAUCCUAUUAUUUUGAUCAAGCUCGUUCAGUUAGGCAUGGCAAAAGAUGAUAUUUUGUGGGAUGACAUGCUAGAGCGUGCAGAGUCCGUAGCUGAGAUUAAUAAAAGUGACCAUGCUGCCGCCUGCUUAAGGAGUAGUAUUCUACUAAGCCUCAUUGAUGAGAAGCUAAAAAUAAGGGAUCCUAGAGCAAAGGAUUUUGCUGCAAAAUACCAAACAAUUCCCUUCCUCCCAUUUCUGACAAAGCCAGCGGGUUUUUCUUUAGAGUGGAAAGGGAACAGUUUUAAGCCUGAAACCAUGUUUGCAGCAACUGACCUUUACACUGCUGAAUAUCAAGAUAUAGUCUGUCUUUUGCAACCAAUUCUCAAUGAAAAUUCCCAUUCCUUUAGAGGCUGUGGUUCAGUGUCAUUGGCUGUUAAAGAGUUUUUGGGUUUGCUAAAGAAGCCAACAGUUGAUCUGGUAAUAAACCAGUUGAAGCAAGUUGCAAAAUCAGUUGAUGAUGGUAUUACAUUGUACCAGGAAAAUAUCACCAAUGCUUGCUACAAGUACCUCCAUGAAGCAAUAUUGCAAAAUGAAAUGGCCAAGGCAACAAUUAUUGAAAAGCUAAAACCAUUUUGUUUCAUUCUGGUUGAGAAUGUAUAUGUUGAGUCAGAAAAGGUUUCUUUUCAUUUGAACUUUGAAGCAGCGCCAUACCUUUAUCAGUUACCUAACAAGUAUAAAAAUAAUUUCCGGGAGCUUUUUGAAAGUGUGGGUGUGCGGCAGUCAUUUACUGUUGAAGAUUUUGCCUUAGUCUUGGAGUCUAUUGAUCAAGAAAGAGGAAAAAAACAAAUAACAGAAGAGAAUUUUCAGCUUUGCCGACGAAUAAUCAGUGAAGGAAUCUGGAGUCUCAUCAGAGAAAAGAGACAAGAAUUCUGUGAGAAAAAUUAUGGUAAAAUAUUACUGCCGGAUACUAAUCUGCUGCUGCUCCCUGCUAAGUCAUUAUGCUACAAUGACUGUCCCUGGAUAAAAGUAAAGGAUUCUUCUGUUAAGUAUUGCCAUGCCGACAUACCCCGGGAAGUAGCUGUAAAACUAGGUGCAAUACCAAAGAGACAUAAAGCCUUAGAAAGAUACGCAUCCAACAUCUGUUUCACAGCUCCAGGUACAGAAUUCGGGCAGAAAGAAAAACUGACCAGCAGAAUUAAGAGCAUUCUCAAUGCCUAUCCUUCAGAAAAGGAAAUGCUGAAAGAGCUUCUUCAGAAUGCUGAUGAUGCGAAGGCCACGGAGAUCUGCUUUGUGUUUGAUCCUAGACAGCAUCCUGUUGACCGAAUAUUUGAUGAUAAGUGGGCCCCACUGCAAGGGCCAGCACUGUGUGUUUACAAUAACCAGCCAUUUACAGAAGAUGAUGUUAGAGGAAUUCAGAACCUUGGGAAAGGCACCAAAGAAGGAAACCCUUGCAAAACAGGACAAUAUGGAAUUGGGUUCAAUUCCGUGUACCACAUUACAGACUGCCCUUCUUUUAUUUCUGGCAAUGACAUCCUGUGUAUUUUUGAUCCCCAUGCCAGAUAUGCACCAGGAGCCACAUCAGUUAGCCCUGGACGAAUGUUUAGAGAUUUGGAUGCAGACUUUAGAACCCAGUUCUCAGAUGUUCUAGAUCUUUACUUGGGAAACCACUUUAAACUGGACAAUUGUACAAUGUUUAGAUUUCCUCUGCGUAAUGCAGAAAUGGCACAAGUUUCAGAAAUUUCCUCAGUUCCAUCAUCAGACAGAAUGGUCCAGAAUCUUUUGGACAAAUUACGGUCUGAUGGGGCAGAACUUCUAAUGUUUCUCAACCACAUGGAAAAAAUAUCUAUUUGUGAAAUAGAUAAGGCCACAGGAGGUCUGAAUGUGCUCUAUUCAGUAAAAGGCAAGAUCACUGAUGGAGACCGGUUGAAGAGGAAGCAGUUCCAUGCCUCUGUAAUUGACAGCGUUACUAAAAAGAGACAGCUCAAGGACAUACCAGUCCAACAGAUAACCUACACCAUGGAUACUGAGGAUUCUGAAGGGAAUCUGACCACGUGGCUCAUCUGUAAUAGAUCAGGUUUUUCAAGUAUGGACAAAGUAUCCAAGAGUGUUAUAUCGGCUCACAGGAACCAAGAUAUCACCCUCUUCCCACGUGGUGGAGUCGCUGCCUGCAUUACUCACAAUUAUAAAAAGCCCCACCGAGCCUUCUGCUUUCUGCCUCUCUCUUUGGAGACAGGGCUGCCAUUUCAUGUGAAUGGCCAUUUUGCUCUAGAUUCAGCCAGAAGAAACUUGUGGCGUGAUGAUAAUGGAGUUGGUGUCCGCAGUGACUGGAACAAUAGUUUAAUGACAGCCUUAAUAGCGCCUGCAUAUGUUGAAUUACUAAUCCAGUUAAAAAAACGGUAUUUCCCUGGUUCUGACCCAACAUUAUCAGUUUUACAGAACACACCCAUUCAUGUUGUAAAGGACACAUUAAAGAAGUUCCUGUCCUUCUUUCCAGUUAACAGGCUGGAUCUGCAGCCGGAUCUAUAUUGCUUAGUGAAAGCUCUUUACAGUUGCAUUCAUGAAGACAUGAAACGUCUUUUACCUGUUGUUCGGGCUCCAAAUAUUGAUGGCUCUGAUUUGCAUUCUGCAGUCAUAAUUACUUGGAUCAAUAUGUCUACUUCAAAUAAAACUAAACCAUUUUUUGAUAACUUGCUACAGGAUGAAUUACAGCACCUUAAAAAUGCCGAUUAUAACAUCACAACUCGCAAAACAGUUGCAGAGAAUGUCUACAGACUGAAGCACCUGCUUUUAGAAAUUGGUUUCAACUUGGUUUAUAACUGUGAUGAAACUGCUAACCUUUACCACUGCCUUGUAGAUGCGGCUAUCCCCGUUAGCUAUGUGACUCCUGCGGAUGUUAGGUCCUUCUUAAUGACAUUCUCUUCUCCCGAUACCAACUGCCAUAUUGGGAAGCUGCCUUGUCGUCUUCAGCAAACCAACUUAAAACUUUUUCACAGUUUAAAACUUUUAGUUGAUUACUGUUUUAAAGAUGCUGAAGAAAGUGAGUUUGAAGUUGAGGGACUGCCCCUGCUCAUUACACUGGACAGUGUCUUGCAGAUUUUUGAUGGUAAACGACCCAAGUUUCUCACUACAUACCAUGAAUUAAUCCCAUCACGUAAAGACUUGUUUAUGAACACCUUAUACUUGAAAUACAGUAGUGUGUUGUUGAACUGCAAAGUUGCAAAAGUGUUCGACAUUUCCAGCUUUGCUGACUUACUCUCUUCUGUGUUGCCUCGUGAGUAUAAGACCAAGAACUGUGCAAAGUGGAAAGACAAUUUUGCCAGUGAGUCUUGGCUUAAGAAUGCAUGGCACUUUAUCAGCGAAUCAGUAAGUGUGACAGAUGAUCAGGAAGAACCAAAGCCAGCGUUUGAUGUCAUUGUUGACAUCCUGAAAGACUGGGCAUUGCUUCCAGGAACAAAGUUCACUGUGUCAGCCAGCCAGCUUGUGGUUCCGGAGGGGGAUGUGCUGAUCCCCCUGAGCCUCAUGCACAUUGCCGUGUUCCCCAAUGCUCAGAGUGACAAGGUUUUUCACGCUCUGAUGAAAGCAGGCUGUAUUCAGCUGGCCUUGAACAAAAUCUGCUCUAAAGACAGUGCAUUAGUCCCUUUGUUGUCAUGCCACACAGCAAACAUAGAUAGCCCUGCAAGCAUCUUGAAAGCUGUACAUUAUAUGGUUCAGACUUCAACAUUUAGAACUGAAAAACUAGUAGAAAAUGACUUUGAAGCACUUUUGAUGUAUUUCAACUGUAAUUUGAGUCACCUGAUGUCCCAGGAUGACCUAAAAAUUUUAAAGUCCCUUCCAUGCUACAAAUCCAUCAGUGGCCGCUAUAUGAGCAUUGCAAAAUUUGGAACGUGCUAUGUGCUUACCAAAAGUAUUCCUUCAGCUGAAGUGGAAAAAUGGACACAGUCAUCAUCGUCUGCAUUUCUUGAAGAAAAGGUACAUUUAAAAGAACUGUAUGAGGUGCUUGGCUGUGUGCCAGUAGAUGAUCUGGAGGUGUAUUUGAAACAUCUUCUGCCAAAAAUUGAGAAUCUCUCUUAUGAUGCAAAAUUGGAGCACUUGAUCUAUCUGAAGAAUAGACUGGCAAGCAUUGAGGAGCUGUCGGAGACUAAGGAGCAACUUUUUGAGAAACUGGAAAGCUUAUUGAUUAUUCAUGAUGCCAACAACCGACUAAAGCAAGCGAAGCACUUCUAUGAUAGGACUGUGAGAGUUUUUGAAGUUAUGCUUCCUGAAAAAUUGUUUAUUCCUAAAGAGUUCUUUAAAAAGUUGGAACAAGUAAUAAAACCUAAAAAUCAAGUUGUGUUUAUGACAUCCUGGGUGGAAUUCUUGAGAAAUAUCGGGCUAAAGCAUGUGCUUUCCCAGCAGCAGUUGUUACAGUUUGCCAAGGAAAUCAGUGUGCGGGCAAAUACGGAAAACUGGUCUAAAGAAACGCUGCAGAAUACAGUUGACAUCCUGCUCCAUCACAUAUUCCAAGAACGAACGGAUUUGCUAUCUGGAAACUUUCUGAAAGAGCUGUCCUUAAUACCCUUCUUGUGUCCGGAGCGGGCCCCUGCGGAAUACAUCCGCUUUCACCCUCAGUACCAGGAGGUAAAUGGAACACUUCCUCUUAUCAAGUUCAAUGGAGCACAGGUGAACCCAAAGUUCAAGCAGUGCGACGUUCUCCAGCUGCUGUGGACAUCUUGCCCUAUUCUUCCGGAGAAAGCCACGCCGCUGAGCAUCAAAGAACAAGAAGGCAGCAGCCUUGCCCCACAGGAACAGCUUGAACAAGUUUUAAAUAUGCUGAAUGUUAACCUGGACCCCCCUCUUGAUAAGGUCAUUAAUAACUGCAGAAACAUAUGCAACAUAACAACUCUGGAUGAGGAAAUGGUAAAAACUAGAGCAAAGGUCCUAAGGAGCAUAUAUGAAUUUCUCAGUGCAGAAAAACGGGAGUUCCGUUUUCAGCUUCGGGGCGUGGCCUUUGUAAUGGUAGAAGAUGGCUGGAAACUUCUGAAGCCUGAGGAAGUGGUGAUAAACCUGGAGUACGAAGCUGAUUUUAAACCUUACUUGUACAAGCUGCCUUUGGAGCUCGGCACUUUUCAUCAGCUGUUCAAGCAUUUAGGUACUGAAGAUAUCAUCUCAACUAAGCAAUACGUUGAAGUACUCAGCCGAAUAUUCAAAAACUCUGAAGGAAAGCAGCUAGACCCUAAUGAAAUGCGCACAGUUAAAAGAGUGGUUUCUGGUCUGUUCAAGAGUCUACAAAACGAUUCAGUUAAAGUGAGGAGCGAUCUGGAGAACGCCCGGGACCUCGCACUCUACCUUCCGAGCCAGGAUGGUAGGUUGGUGAAGUCGAGCAUCUUGGUGUUCGAUGAUGCACCACAUUAUAAAAGUAGAAUCCAGGGUAAUAUUGGUGUGCAAAUGCUAGUUGAUCUUAGCCAGUGCUACUUAGGGAAAGACCACGGAUUCCACACUAAGCUGAUAAUGCUCUUCCCUCAAAAGCUUCGACCUCGUCUGCUGAGCAGUAUACUUGAAGAGCAGCUCGAUGAGGAGACCCCCAAAGUGUGCCAGUUUGGAGCAUUGUGCUCUCUUCAGGGAAGACUGCAGCUUCUCCUGUCUUCAGAGCAGUUCAUCACAGGACUCAUUAGAAUCAUGAAGCACGAGAAUGACAAUGCUUUCCUGGCCAAUGAAGAAAAGGCCAUACGACUUUGCAAAGCUCUAAGAGAGGGGCUGAAAGUUUCCUGUUUUGAAAAGCUUCAGACAACAUUACGGGUUAAAGGUUUCAAUCCUAUUCCGCAUAGCAGGAGUGAAACUUUCGCUUUUCUAAAGCGAUUUGGCAAUGCCGUCAUCUUGCUCUACAUCCAGCAUUCAGACAGUAAAGACAUUAACUUUCUGCUAGCCUUAGCGAUGACACUUAAAUCAGCAACUGACAACUUGAUUUCUGACACAUCAUACUUAAUUGCUAUGCUGGGAUGCAAUGACAUUUACAGGAUCAGUGAGAAACUUGACAGUUUAGGGGUUAAAUAUGACUCCUCAGAGCCAUCCAAACUGGAGCUUCCCAUGCCUGGCACACCAAUACCUGCUGAGAUCCACUAUACACUACUUAUGGAUCCAAUGAAUGUUUUCUAUCCUGGGGAAUAUGUUGGGUACCUUGUGGAUGCUGAAGGUGGUGAUAUCUACGGGUCAUACCAGCCAACAUACACAUAUGCAAUCAUUGUGCAAGAAGUUGAAAGAGAAGAUGCUGACAAUGCUAGUUUCUUGGGGAAGAUCUAUCAGAUCGAUAUUGGCUACAGUGAAUAUAAGAUAGUCAGCUCUCUGGAUCUGUACAAGUUCUCACGGCCUGAUGAAAGCUCCCAGAGCAGAGACAGUGCUCCUACCACACCAACGAGCCCCACGGAAUUCCUGACUCCCGGUCUGAGAAGCAUCCCUCCUCUUUUCUCUGGCAAAGAGAGCCACAAGCCUGCCUCCUCCAAACACCACUCCCCCAGAAAGCUCAAGGUGAAUGCUUUACCAGAAAUCCUGAAAGAAGUGACGUCAGUGGUGGAGCAAGCUUGGAAGCUUCCCGAGUCAGAACGGAAGAAGAUCAUUAGACGCUUGUAUCUGAAGUGGCACCCUGACAAAAACCCAGAAAAUCAUGACAUCGCUAAUGAAGUGUUCAAGCAUCUGCAGAAUGAAAUCAACAGACUAGAAAAACAGGCUUUUCUGGAUCAAAAUGCAGACAGAGCUUCAAGAAGAACGUUUUCAACCUCUGCAUCCCGAUUUCAGUCAGACAAGUACUCAUUUCAAAGAUUUUAUACUUCGUGGAAUCAAGAAGCCACAAGUCAUAAAUCUGAAAGGCAACAGCAAAGUAAAGAGAAAUGCCCUCCCUCUGCUGGACAGACAUACUCUCAAAGGUUCUUUGUUCCUCCCACCUUCAAGUCUGUGGGCAAUCCAGUGGAAGCCCGGAGAUGGUUAAGACAAGCCAGAGCAAACUUCUCAGCUGCCAGGAAUGACCUUCACAAAAAUGCCAAUGAGUGGGUGUGCUUCAAGUGCUACCUUUCCACCAAGCUGGCUUUGAUUGCAGCCGACUAUGCCGUCAGGGGGAAAUCUGAUAAAGACGUAAAGCCCACGGCGCUGGCCCAAAAGAUAGAGGAGUAUAGUCAGCAGCUGGAGGGGCUGACAAACGAUGUGCACACACUGGAAGCUUACGGUGUAGACAGCUUGAAAACAAGGUACCCUGAUCUGCUUCCUUUUCCCCAGAUCCCCAAUGACAGGUUCACGUCUGAGGUCGCCAUGAGGGUGAUGGAAUGUACUGCCUGCAUCAUCAUAAAACUUGAAAAUUUUAUACAACAGAAGGUAUGAAAGUGAAGAAAGCAGAGCCAGCUCCUGGGCGUGGUAUAGCACAAUCAUGAAUUGCUACACUCCAUUCAGCUUCGUCGCCAGUGUCCAGGAAUCGGGAAGCACAACGCGGAGUGUUCUGGAAGCAUUCUGAAGCUGUAUGACUCCUAAUAGAUGGUUACAGAGCUGGAAACCGACUUUGAAGACGGCGGUGAGCUGCAGAGUCUCUAGGUGUGUGGAAACGAUUGGGUAGCACAUUAUUGAUCUGCACUUUAUGUAACCAAAGCUUAGCAGUCUGUUAGAUAAGAGUCUGCACAUGUCUCGGAGAGGAGGGAGUUAAUUCUGUGUUUUUAAACAUGUUUUUGAAGUAGUUAAAGAAACACUGGACAGACUGAUUUGGACAUAAGAUAGGGACUUGGGUUUGGGGACUUAUCACUUUGUAAAUGGACACUUUCAGAUGCAUUGUUUUAUCAGCUGGAUCUGAUUAUGAGUUUGUUGCAGUUUCACGUCUUUAGUUGGACAUUUACAGUAUUUAAUCCUGACUAUUACUUGACUGAGUAUGAAGAUAGUCCUGGGGUGCACUGGGUGCAUUCUCCACCCUUGUUUUGAUUUUUUAUACCUUGUGUUUCUGGGCUUCCUGACUCGUGAAGAUAACCUAUGGAUAUCUCAGAGUGCUGGUACAUACUACCAGAUAUUGCUUCUAAAACUGCUUCCCAAUGUGACAUUUAGCAGAAGACCGUUGGAGUUUGUGUACAUAUCUUUCACAGAUGUCAUAAUUUGUAUAGAGUGGCUGAACAGGAUGCAAUCUUUUGUCUAAAGGUGCUGCAGUGAAAAAAAACCCAACUGUCUUUCAAUAUGGCACUUAGUGGGAAUUUAAACAUUUUUACUUUAAGUAUAUUAAAAAUGCUCAAAUUGUUGAGGUGAUAUGCAGACGUUUACAAAGGGAAUUAUCAGCUUGUACUGUCCCCCACGAGUGAUUGAGAACUGACAUUUAAUUUUCAUAAUGUUCAAAAUACCUAGCAAACAUAUUUAACAUAUUCUUUUGCAUAAAGUCAAAGAAAGGAAAUAUAGUUUAUGUAAGUGCACUGGCUGUAAAUGAUGCUAAUAUAUUUUAUGCAAUUAAGGGCUUACAUACAGAACAUGUUAGAUUUUUUUUAUUUCAUUUGUAAAAAAGGAAUGUUAAUUGCUUCUGGAUGUGAAUCAUGAAUAUUUCUGCUGUUAAUAUUAAGUGCCAUGAUUUUAAUAAAAAAUGUAUAUAGAAAA